AUGACUAAAAAGAAUCUCUUUUGGCAGUUAAAGGCGACGAAGUUCUUUCAGAUGACAAAACUUGACUGGGUGGAAGCCGGUUUGCAGGUGUGCAGACAAGGGUAUAACAUGCUUAAUCUCCUUAUCCACAGAAAGAACUUGAACUACUUGCAUCUCGACUAUAACAUGAACUUGAAGCCAGUGAAGACGCUUACUACGAAGGAGCGCAAAAAGUCUCGCUUCGGAAACACCUUCCACUUAUGUCGCGAGAUUCUGCGCCUUACAAAGCUUGUUGUUGAUGCUCAUGUUCAGUUCCGCCUUGGCAAUGUCGAUGCUUUCCAGCUUGCAGACGCACUGCAGUAUAUCUUUGCGCACAUUGGGGCAUUGACUGGUAUGUACCGGUACAAGUACAAGCUCAUGAGACAAGUUCGCAUGACAAAAGAUCUCAAGCACUUGAUCUACUACCGCUUUAAUACUGGCCCUGUUGGCAAGGGUCCUGGAAAUGGCUUCUGGGCUCCUGGCUGGCGUGUCUGGCUCUUCUUCAUGCGAGGCAUUGUACCGUUACUCGAGCGCUGGCUUGGUAACCUCCUCGCGCGUCAGUUCGAGGGACGCAACAGCAAGGGCAUUGCGAAGACUGUGACAAAGCAACGUGUCGAGUCUCACUAUGACCUCGAGUUACGUGCGGCUGUCAUGCAUGACAUUCUCGACAUGAUGCCUGAGUCUAUUAAACAAAACAAGUCGAAGACGAUUUUGCAGCAUCUCUCGGAGGCGUGGCAUUGCCGGAAAGCGAACAUUCCAUGGAAAGUCCCUGGAAUGCCCACUGCAAUUGAGAACAUCAUUCUGCAGUACAUCAAGAGCAAAGCUGAUUGGUGGUGCUUGGUUGCACAUUAUAAUCGGGAGCGUAUCCGUCGAGGUGCUACAGUUGAUAAGGCAGUAGUGAAGAAAAAUCUGGGUCGGCUGACACGCCUGUACUUGAAAGCAGAGCAGGAAAGGCAGCAUGGGUACUUGAAGGAUGGGCCGUACAUCAGUGCGGAGGAGGCCGUUGCAAUUUACACAGCGACUGUUCACUGGCUUGAGAGCCGUAAAUUUGCUCCUAUACCAUUCCCCCCUCUGUCAUACAAGCACGAUACGAAAUUGCUUGUACUUGCACUUGAAAAACUGAAGGAGGCUUACUCAGUCAAGGGUCGUCUUAAUCAGUCGCAGCGUGAGGAGCUUGCCCUCAUUGAACAGGCAUAUGACAAUCCGCACAAAUGUCUGUCGCGCAUCAAGCGAUUGCUUCUUACCCAGCGUGCGUUCAAGGAGGCUGGUAUUGAGUCCUUUGACACGUACGACAAACUCAUUCCGUGCUACAACAUUGAGCCCGUUGAGAAGAUCACCGACGCCUAUCUCGAUCAAUUCCUCUUCUUCGAGGCAGAUAAAAGAGGGUUGUUCCCUGCCUGGAUCAAACCUGCCGACACGGAGCCACCGCCGUUGCUUGUGUACAAGUGGUGCCAAGGCAUCAACAACUUGACAGAUAUCUGGGAGACGAGCGAGGGUGAGUGCAACGUGAUGAUGGAGACCGUCUUCUCCAAGGUGUAUGAGAAGAUCGACCUGACCCUGCUGAACCGUCUCCUCCGUCUCAUUCUUGAUCACAACUUGGCAGACUACAUCACCGCGAAGAACAACACCGUGCUGACCUACAAGGACAUGGCACAUACGAAUGCAUUCGGUCUCAUCCGUGGUCUUCAGUUCUCUGCCUUCGUCUUCCAGUACUACGAUCUCGUCCUUGAUCUCCUCAUUCUUGGCUUGCAGCGAGCUAGCGAGAUGGCGGGUCCUCCACAGAUGCCUAACAACCUUUUGCAGUAUCGCAACUCGGCAACCGAGACUCGUCACCCCAUCCGCUUAUACUCCCGUUAUGUUGAUCGCUUACACAUUCUCUUCCACUUCAGCGUGGAUGAGGCAAGGGACUUGAUCCAACGCUAUCUUAGCGCCAACCCUGACCCGACCAACAACAACGUCAUCGGGUAUAACAACAAACACUGCUGGCCUCGAGAUUGUUGUAUGCGUCUCAUCAAACAUGACAUUAACCUUGGAAGAGCAGUUUUCUGGAACGUUAAGAACAGCCUGCCGCGCUCACUCACCACCAUCGAGUGGGAGGCCACCUUUGUCAGCGUUUACUCGAAGGACAACCCACAGUUGUUGUUCUCGAUGUGCGGGUUCGAGGUCCGUAUCUUGCCCAAGAUUAGGACGAUGGGUGGCGAGCAGUUCUCGUCGAAGGACGCUGUGUGGAAUCUCACCAACGAGCAGACCAAAGAGAGAACUGCGCAGGCAUUCCUCCGUGUCUCCGAUGACAGUGUCCAGCAAUUCAAUAACCGUAUUUGUUAG